CUUGUCAACAGAUUUAGAUUUUCGAAUCUGUUUUUAUUAAUUUAAUAUAACGUAGUUGUUUUAUUUUACGCGAUUUUCGGACUAACAUUGCAUUUAGAUUAUAAGAAUGUGUUCCUAAUAUUGUAUAUAUUUUGUAUCCAACAUUUUUAGUGUAAGUGCAUAAGUGUAAUAACAUAAUGAAAAAUGAAUAACAGUUCUGAUUUUAUUAACUGGUCAGAGCCCCACUGCUCUAAAGAUGCGCUUACAGAUACAUAUGGUUGGGUUAUGCAGUUUCUUCUUGCCGUCUUAGCAUUUACAUGUUUAAUAGGUAAAAGGUUUUGUGAGCCUCGUUAUGCAAGAAGACCUUGGUUGAUCUGGUUCUAUGACACAUCUAAGCAAGGCCUUGGUGCUCUUAUAAUUCAUGCAGCAAACGUCUGGCUUUCACCCCACAUGACUGGCAACCCCUGUACAUGGUACAUUGUAAAUUUCAUGUUGGACUCAACACUCGGCUUGCUGAUAAUAUGGGCAGGUAUAAGACUGGCACAGCGUUGUGCAAGAGUUUAUGACAUACCUCUCAUUAAUUUUGGCGAAUAUGGUAAGCCUCCGAUGUGUGCGGCUUGGAUUUGCCAAUGCGUGUUGUAUGCGGCGCUUGCGACGUUCGCCAAGUCAGUGCUGGCGCUGGUGUUGCGCCUCCCGCCAAUAGUGGCGGUGCUCUCCACGUUGAAGCUGUCGCCCGUGUCCGACCCGCGGCUUGAACUUGCAGUGGUCAUGCUGAUCAUACCUUUCUUUAUUAAUAUAUUAAUAUUUUGGGUGACGGACAACUUCCUAAUGUAUCGACCGAGGGGUGUGAGCUCUAAAAUAAAGACGAAGGUCCGAUAUCAAUCGAUAAAGAAAGAGAAGUCUGGAUCCGAAGACGAUGAUCAGUCGGCGGACGAGCGGUUACUUGGAGCGAGUGUAUGACCCUACCCGCAGCCCGCUCUCCGGGCAUAGUGCAUCCAUUGACAUUGGUUGAUAUGAGUUGCCUUCGCCAUAAUACAGACAUCGACCCGACACUACUCACGCAGUAACAUCAAGCAAUAUCUGCAUCUCGUUCUCAUACGAUGCGGUCAUUAUCUUUCGUCUCAUUUAUUUGUUUUGUGUAGAGAUUAGAGAUGGGUGAUUAAGUUUAUUCCAUUUAACAUAAAAUAUCAUUCUUGUGAUGUUGGUCUUAUGUUUUUUUUAGUUAUUUAAGUAUAAUAUGCCAUCUUAGUUUAUUAGAAAACAUGUUACAUUACAUAUACAUAAAAUAUCAGUCAUACUUUUUUAAGUUUUGUUUGAGAUAAGUACCUAAUGUUGGAGGCAGUUUAUUGUUAUUAAUUUUAUGUUAGAGUUUAGUCAAAAUCAAAUCACCACAAUAAUACUUACUUUUAAUGGUUGCCAUAGUAAUUUCGGAAAAAAGUCCAAAAUUUGAUAAGAGCGGACAGAAAUAAGUCAACGGGUGCAGGUUUUUUUUAAAUAUAUUAUACAUCUUUACAAGUAUUAUUGACAACUUUCGAUUUGAUGUGAUAUAGCGUGAAUUGUAAGGAUUAUCUGUAUAAAAUCUUUUGUCCUUGCUGACUAUCAACGCGUAGUCAAAUUUACUGACUAUAAAGAUUAAAUGUAUAUAUAGAUUUACUUUAAAACGAGCAUACGGUAUUAAAGAGUUAUUGGAAUCAUUAAUUUGAGGUAGAAAAAGUUUAUAUACACAAACACCAAACUGUCAAAAAUGUGCCUAAUGAUGACAAAAAAAAGACUAGACGUUUGAACUUGCAAAGUUUACGCUCUAUAUAAUUGAACGCGUACUAACAUAUAACGCCAUCUAUAUGUUUAAACUUGAAUUACGACGUUCGAUUAACUGGAUGCGACAUGGCGGAAUGUUGAUUCCUUUUCCAAAUUGGGCUAAAUAGUCUAUUCCUAAAGAAGGAAUAACAAUAAACAAAUCUUAGAUUUAUGUAUUUCAUGCGAUUUGCUAAAAGCUCAGCUACAUUCCACACUACUAAAAGUUCUUGAUAAAUGUCUUUACUUAGAAUACCACAUUAUUACACUUAACUACUUAUAUCCUUUAAUUUUACUUCCAAAGUUUCGAUAACGGCUUCGUCGAGGUUCUAAACGGCAUUUUUUCGAAAAUCCAUAAUGAAUAUCAUAGAUUAAUAAAGCUCUCAACCAAUGAUAUCGCGUUAUUUCUAUGUCAAAUGUUGUUUAUUCGGCUUUUGUCCUUUCAUGGUUGGAAUAGACUAGUAAUCCCUCAGAGUCAAAGUGAUCGGCUAACACGGUAUAUUUAUUGGCAAAUAAGUUAGAAGUUUUUUGAUGAGAUAUGACGAAGGCAAAUUAAUCAAAAUUAAAAUAUUUGUAUUUUAUUAAAUAUUUAGCAAUAAAAGUGUAACAUAAUCAUGUAAUAUAUUGUACACUAUUGGCGGUAAGUUUAAGGUUUAUAUUAUAUAUCUGUACGUUGAGUUUGUCCGAAAUACUCAUAAAUAUGUUCAUAAAAAAUCGUUAAUGUAUGCAUGUAUGAUGGCUUUAAACCACGGAUUUGUUCCAUAGAAUUAUAUCUACGCUAUUUUACAAGGCGAUAUUUACCCUCCUUAAUAUCCUUCUAUAUUUAAAAUUCGAGAAAUAAAGUAUGUACAAAUAAAUAUGCUAUUUCGCUUCAAAUAUUUUUAGAUGUAUAAAAAUAUUUUUAUAUGUUUAAUUUUUUACAAUGAAAUUUUUAAAAUGUUCCUAAGGUAUAAGUACUUAGAACCUUGUAUUGCCAUUUUUAUUGACAUGUUACUAACAUCGAAUUAAGACUGAGCAAGUCAAAGUCACUUUUGAGAUAUUGUUACUUCUUGUUUUUUUUCUAAAACCCACGAGACAUGUCUGUAGCUCGCAGAAACUCAUGCGAGAUAUUGGUACAUGGGAGCUGCUAGCGCUUGUAAUUCGUCGAUCUACUAGAUCUAGACUCGAUAUAUUAAUGUCGCAUGGAAACGGAGAGUAACUUCCAUGUUGUAGCGGGUUUGCUAGUAGAUCGUAUGAGAUUGUAGACGCUUGCAUAAUCUUUAAUUGGCAAUUCAUAAAGCAAUUCUGGAUACCAGCCGGCGAGUUACAAGCGUGUGUAGUUUGACAUAGAAUGCCAGUAGUUAGCAUACCGGUGUGCUAGCACCUGGCAUGCCUCAUGCAGACAUUUCUUAUUUAACUAACUCAUCGACAGCCCUUUAUUGGACAUUCCAUUAAUAUUUUCAUUCCUAUGAUAUUAAAAUUCUUAAAUGAAAAUUUAUAAUAAGUAUGUGCCACUUUUAACAAAGUGAUGUGGAGACAUUUUAAAUUGUUACAAACAAUCAAUUACAUAUAAAACAAAACAAGAAAUUGCUAAAAAAUUUCGAUAAAAUUAAUAUAAACGAGCAGGUACACAUUUGUUGUCGAUACAGAUAGAUUAUAAGAUAAGUGCAAAUUAAACUAAAAAAAAUAUAUCUAUGUAUAUUACUCAGGUUUAAACUGCAAUCAAAACUUUAGUAAUUUAACCCGACAUUUUGACAGUCACAUCAACCGUAGACGACAAAAUAAAAGUAUAAUUAUUGAUUACAUCUGAUUAAUAUACAAAUAUAUUUUUAAAUGCCGUAAAAGCUUAAACUAAAUGUAUUGUUCAAUGACAAAUCCCUGUAGAUUAUACAAAUUAUAUUCACUGGCGUAGAAUAUUUAUUCUGCUAUUAGACUAAAUAUAUUCAGAAAUUAAAGUUCAGCAGUGAUGUUUUUACGAUGUAAUUUUUUAUCAUCAAUUUGCAUAUAUAGUUUACCAAUCAUUAGUUAUACCGCAAAUAUAACAAAAUCAAAUACGGAAAAUUAAAAGUGAAAAUCUGUUUUGAUAGCAUUGAAAUCUGACAAUGGGCUAACGAUAACUUUUUAGUAAAUAACAAUCUCAGUGAAGACAUCUUAAAGAAUAAAAUAUGUAUGGUUUAUUUUUGUACAUAUACUGUCUUCAAGAGUAAACUUUAGACGAAAAUACUUAAUCAAGUUUAUCAACGUAGUGAAUUAUUGCUUGAUUAUUAUUUUAAAAUUAGCAUCGCUAUGAACCACAAGAUGGCAUGUCUUCUGUCAGAUUUCAAUAUAAUUCUUAAAAUUGAAAGUAUGAAAAAACGGUAUUUUCUCCUGUCAAAUUUUAUUGAGGUUCUGACAUAUCAUUUUUUUUUUAUAGUUUACAAAUUAGUUUCAAAUAAACUAUACGAGUUAAUUCCUAUGUAAUAACUUCCAACAUAAUGUUUGGCCAAAAAUAAAUAUAUGCUAGGUAUUUUUGUAAUAAUUAUAUAAUUGAUCUGUCUAUAGUUAUAACAUUUGAAUAAGUCUCGCAUUAUUCAUUAUUGCGUGAAUUACGAGAAAGUAUUGUGAUGUAAAUAUUUAUUAAGGCCAUUUUUGUAAAAACUGAUUGUAUGUAUAUAAUACAUAUAUAAUAAUGUAUGUUUGUGCAUCUGUUUAUUGUUUGUGCAAAUAUAUCAAAACACGCGUUUGA